AUCCUUAAAUUUUAAAAACAACCAAAAAGAUCAGCCACUGAUGUCACUAAACUUUCUCCACAUAUACUCUAUCAAGUGCAAUAUUUAUGUUCUCUGUACUAUGCUAGCAUGCUAUUUUACAACUCAGUGUAACCUGAAGCAAGACAAACUGACAAGAAAACACCAUUUAGUCAUAUGUGCUAGAUAUGAAGUGGAAAACUUUAUAAUACAUAUGUUGUAGUGUAACAGUGAUUUGUUGCCAUGAUGAACGGCCGUUCACUAUAUUAAUGCACCUCUGCUGCCAUCUAAUGGCCACUUAUGGUAGCAACAAGAUGUCUGUAAGCACAAAACAUGGUAAUUCUCAAAUAAAUCAUCUAAACAAACAGUUUACAUAAACAUGAGGUGAGUCACUCUGAAUGACAUUCUUACAUGCAUACAUUGUUCCAUGGCUUAUAAAAUUUGGUUAAUUUUAAAGGUGUAAAUCUUAGGACGAUCUAUUGACAGAAAUGCAAUAUGAUAUACAUAACUAUGUUUUCAGUGGUGUAUAAAGACCUCACAUAAUGAACCGUUAUGUUUUUAUUACCUUAGAAUGAGCCAUUUCUAUCUGCAUACACUGCGGGUCCCCUCACAAGUUAAGUCGCCAUUUUGUGUCGGCAUGUUUAUACAGUAGCCCUAAAUGGACAAAUUGCUCUACAGAGCACGUUUGCUUGACUUGCUACUCUGCUGUAUCACACGACGCCAUGUUUGUCCUAUGUUGGCCACCGUAGCUUCUCUAUAUUGCAACUCGCAACCUCACCGCUAGAUGCCGCUAAAAAUUACACACUGCACCUUUAAUUCAGAUUUUCCUUUUAAUAUCCCUGGUUUCCAUGACUGUGGGUAUCCUGAGAAAAUUUAGAUAUGACCACAUACAUUAAUAUUCUUGGAUCACUCACUGUUCAUUACAUCUAGCUCAAUACAUACCACAUUGACAUGUGCCAAAAUGCUGAAUAAAUAAGCAAUCAUAGUAAUCAAUGAUGGACUUGUUUUCUUGGUCACUCCAAUGAUCUCUGUGAAGCAUCUCUCUCAGGCCCGGUCAAACUGAGGGGGUUGAGUCAGUCACAGCUGUCUCCUCCUUUCCUCGUGCCAUUGGUCAGUUUCACAUAAAGAAAUCUCGUGACGAUUGUGUACAAUCAGAGAGCAUGAGAGAGCGAGAUACAGUCAAUGGCACUUUUACUAAAGCUGAGGGGAAUCGGUGCCUCUGUGACAGUGAUUCAAACGAUGGGAACUAUAAGCAAAAGCAGCCAACAGUCUACAUCGUCCCUGCCAACACAUCAGUUUAACGUCAAAUUGGAGAUAAACUCAACACACUAAUUAGAACCGAGUGUUUUUUGGGCUGCAGAGACGAGAUUUCUUGAGCGCGGAGGCCGUUUGAGUCUCCCCGGCAGCAGAAUGAAUGGGGGCACCCAAUCUAAUCGGUUUAGCUCUUGAAGUAGUUGCAGGGUUGGCAAAGAGUCCUGCUCUUUUACAUGGGAACCAGUAGAUAUUUUUGUCCUGUUAAAUGGCCAGACAUAAAAAGAAGGCUAAUAUAGCAAUUGUGAACUAAUAUUAACGUAGUUUAUAACUGUUAGAUGCGUGUACGGAAAAUCACUACUUUGGUUUUUGCGAGUUUAAAGCUUAAGUAUGUAGCGCUUUAAAAUGUUGAAAAACACAUAAACAUUUAAUUAAUAUCAUUUAGAAAUGUAUUAUAAUGUUAAAAAUAAAUAUUAUUUUUAAGUUUUAGCCUCCGCCUUUUUUUUCCUCGCAUGUUUUCCCUCGGAGUUCCUCCCCCUGCGGCGCUGGGCGGAGUUUCAUACCGAACCAGACGCUCCUUUUGUCGGAUUCGUUUCGACCUGACUCCCCGGGGUUUACGGCUAAAAAACAGAUACUUAAAUACAAUAAAACCGUUUAACACGAACACAUCGUUAAUCCAUAAGCACAUCCGUGACGGAAUAUUGAAAAAGCCACUUGGCCAGUGAAGUGUCAAGGUGGUGCUUGGUGAAUUCUGUCAUCAUGAAUGGCAGCACCAGUGUGUCUGGCACCCAGACAGGACGAAUCAAAAUUGAAUCAAAUGCAGAUACAUGGAGCAAAGAGGACUGUCUGACAUUGCUGGAGAGGAUACGCAGUCUGCUACCCGAUGGAGACACAAUGAAGUAUAAAACCACAGAAUCUCAUUUUGACUGGGAGAAGGUGGGGUUUGGGGGUUUCACGGGAGACAUGUGUAAGCAGAAAUGGCAGAAAGUUUCCACAGAGGUGCGUAAAUACAGAACGAUGACAGAGCUCAUUGUGGAUGCUAUUGAAUAUGUAAAGAACCCUUACAAGGGGAAAAAAUUGAAGACACAUCCAGACUUCCCAAAGAAACCCCUCACUCCCUACUUUCGCUUCUUUAUGGAGAAGCGAGCCAAGUAUGCAAAAAUCCACCCUGAGAUGAGCAACUUGGAUCUCACCAAGAUUCUGUCCAAAAAGUACAAAGAGCUUCCUGAAAAGAAAAAGCUCAAGUACAUUCAAGAGUUCCAGAGAGAGAAAGAGUCUUUUGAGAAGAACAUGGCACGAUUCAAGGAGGACCACCCAGAUUUAAUAGAGGAGAGAAAGAAGUCAGAUCACCCAGAGAAGCCCAAGACCCCUCAGCAGUUAUGGUACAACCAUGAGAAGAAGACCUACAUGAAAGUUCACCCAGAGGUAAGCCAGAAGGAGCUUAAGGAAGCAUUACGUAGACAGUGGUCCCAGUUACCAGACAAAAAAAGGCUGAAAUGGAUCAGCAAAGCUCUAGAGCUGCAGAAACACUACGAGGACAGCAUGAGAGUGUAUUUUGAAGCUCAUCCAGAUGCAAACUCUGAGGAGCAUGUCAAGUCUGUUUUGACCAAGGCUGAACGACAGCUCAAGGACAAGUUUGAUGGCCGGCCAACCAAACCACCACCAAAUGGCUAUUCUCUGUAUUGUGCUGAACUAAUGGUAAACAUGAAGGACGUGCCAAGCACAGAGCGAAUGGUGCUAUGCAGUAAGCAGUGGAAGAUGAUGACCCAGAAAGAGAAGGACAUGUUCCAGAAACGAUGCGAACAGAAAAAGAAACAGUAUGAGAUUGACCUUCAGAGGUUUAUUGAGAGUCUCCCAGAUGAGGAGAGGGAGCGUGUGAUGGGAGAGGAGAAGAUGGGAGGCACCAAACUGAGCAUAGCGGGUGCAGGCAGCCCCCUGAGGGCCAAAUCCCCAUCUGCGAAGGAACGGUGUCGUGACCCUGAGCUGGAUCAGUGGGGGCAUGCCCUUUCAAAAGAGAAACGAGAUGGUAAGAAGAAAACACGGCUUCCUGAAACGCCGAAGACUCCAGAGGAGAUGUGGCAGCAGAGCGUGAUAGGAGACUAUCUGGCUAAAUACAGAAAUGACCGGAAGAAAGCGCAGAAUGCAAUGGAUGCUGCUUGGAAGGCCAUGGAAAAGAAGGAGAAGAUUCCUUGGAUCAAGAAGGCUGCAGAGGACCAGAAGCGAUACGAGGUUCAGUACCGGACCGUGAGAGAACUGUUAGAGAUGAGGACAGUUCUGUCAGGACAGGGACAAAGAAAACCAAAAUUUGAUGGCGAGCCUAAAAAGCCUCCGGUGAGCGGAUAUCAAAUGUUCUCUCAGGAACUUUUAACUAACGGUGAGCUGAAUCACUUCAGCCUGAAGGAGCGCAUGGUUGAGAUCGGCAAGAGAUGGCACAAGCUUAGUCAGAGCCAGAAGGACAAAUAUAAAAAACAGGUGGAGGAACAACAGCUAGAGUACAAAGCUGAGCUUGAUGCUUGGGUAAAGUCACUAUCCCCUCAGGAGCGUGCGGUUUAUAAAGAGUUCUCCACUACGAAACGGCGAAGCACGACAAAAGCACGAGGUCCCGGGGCGAAAGUCCGAGUCACCAAGGGGAAGGCGGUAGGUGCCAGAGCCGCGACUGUGGGUCCUGGGGGGGGCAAGCGUUCCAUGGCGUACCGGGCCAAGCAGGACACGUCGGACUCUGAUGACGAUGAUGAAAAAACGGACACUUCAGACUCGGAUGAUGAAGAUGAUGAGUCAUCCGGCAGCACUGAUAGUGAUGAUGAUGACGAAGAUGACGAGAAUGAAGAUGAUGAUGAGGAUGAUGAGGACGAUGACCGGUCGGACGGCUCCAGCAGCUCAUCGUCAGAAGAUAGUAGUGACUCUGAUUCAGACUAACCUGGCCACCCCCUCUUAGAGGGGGCUGUGCCGGACACGCCCCCCUAGCAACACCCCUCCCGGAAAACAGUGAAGGGGGUUCAGUAGCUGUGAGCUCACAGCAUGCAGUAAUCUUGCUCCCUAUCUUUACAGGGCAAGAGACAAGAUGGGGGCCAACAGCUCUCCCCAUCACCACGUCCAUGCAACAGACUUAAAGUCAAUCAGACAACUUUUUUUGUUGUUGUUUUUUUCUUUUAACGGAGCUGUGUUACAUGUGUGGUUAUCGCAUCAGUUUUUAUUGCCUUUAUAUAGGUGUGUUAUUAAAAUCUGUGUUGGCUGUUUUGUUCGUUUUAUUUUAACUUGAAAAUAAUUUGUUCGAUUUAAGCCGGUUGAGCUUUUAUAAGUUUCGAAAGUAUCAGGGUUGCUUGGAGGUGGAUGUUAGGGAUGAAAGACUUUGAAAUGGAGAUGAAAUCCCCUGUUCUCCUGUUUAUAUUUGUUUGCCUCAGCUAGUUGCUGGGGCUGUGAGGGCUAUACGAGCUGCUCAAGUCUUGUUUAGAACAUUCUGUUGCAGAUCCUCCAUAAUAAAUGCACUUUUUUCCUCUUGUA